AGCCUGCACUGCAAUGUGAGGACGUCCAUCAUGAUCGCAAAGUCAUGCACCCAGGCCCUGAGAAGCAGCUAUAGCUAUGGUCAUAUAUUCAAUCUGCGCGUCCAUAAUGCGCUUACCUUUCUUCUCUGCCUCUCAUCAUGAUGCCAGCUUCUUCCAAACUGACAGGAAAAAAUUGGCAUCCAUCCAGGCUUCUUGCAUAUAACGCACUCCCAGGUCACCAGGACUUUGAUUCGACAACAUUUGAUGCGAAGUCCACUGCUGAAACUAGAACAGAUUUCUUUGACCGCAGUCUGACAAGUCGCAGAUACGCCCUUGUUGGAGUGACAUGCUCAAGCAUCUUCAGCUGCAUAUGCAUCAUUGCAGGGAGUGUCACUUUAGCCAAUUACGGAAUUUCGGGAGUGACUCCGCUCAGCAUAGUCGAGUAUCAUGAUGUGAUGAUCAUGUAUUUGAGGCCUAUGGAAUUAUCGGUGCGGGGGGAGAUAUUAACCCUGAUACUUGACUUAAUCGUCACGUUAUGUACCGAGUCCAUAGGUUUCAUCCACGGCAUCUCAUUGCGUUCUGCGCUAGCCUCAGAGUCACGGCUUCGUUUCAAUACCAAUCUGCGCCUUCUCACCGCAGCUCGUGGAUGGUAUAACCCUAAUGGCGCCCUGCUUAACGGUAUCUCGGCUGUCCUCCUCACUAUAUCCUACAGCUCGGCUUCACUCAUUAUAUGUCAGGACUAUCAAGUGACGCUAGCAGGUGGAAGUUUUGAGAGUAUUAGCAUCGCAGGGUUUCCUCUCCUUAUUUUGGGUAUUGCACUCCUCCUCCAAGUGAUGAUCGCAUUAUUGGCGAUGUGGGCUGUCAAAAUCUUGACGUGGAGCUCCUCACCUUUCGACUUGACUGCCGCACUCGUCCACCACACACAAUUGACCCCUUCGACUUUGCGGUGCAUGCGUCAUGUGUCUGACCUAGAUACGUAUGGAGGUCCAGCGAAGCCAACAGAGACACAACCUUCGGCGUUACAUGCUCAUCCUAGCAUCCGGAAAGUUGUCAUUUCUCUUUGGGUGAUGGUUGCAGCAUGCGCUGUAUGGGGCGCACUUGUCAUGUAUAUCUGGGGCCAUUUCCCCACUAAUAAAACCUUUUCCCCCUCUCCGCUGACCUUACAAAUGUGGUCGUUCCUCGGAAGCGGGUUGUCCAAUUCUAUCGCAUAUUUUAUGCCAAGUAUCGGUCUUAAGGGGUGGGUUCUGCUUCUUGUCAAUAUCGCAGUCCUCAUCGUGAAUGUCAUUCGAGACGAAAGACGGUGGAGAUGCGCUACCAAACGUGAAGGACUUAGAGUGGCGACGAACCCGCUGAAGCCGAUUUUCGCUCAUCCGAUCUGUCUCAUACUCUUCAUCGCAAAGCCUUUCCUGCACUGGAUGUUUGGGCUUUCAUUCUCCUUAGCUUUGACAGCUUUUGACGAGAAUAUAACCGCUUUGUUGGUAACUAUGUACACUGCCCAGAUCUGGAACUUAUGCAUUGCGCUCUUCAUAUUUUCCAGUUUCUUCACUUUUAUCGCACUGCGCCGACCGUGUGGUCCUCAGCCGGCUGCAUACGGCCACCUCCAGACACUCGCCAACCUCGUGGACGAGUGGUCACCUGUCAUGUGGUGGGGACACAAGGAGGAUGGAAUUCCGUACUGUCAUGCUGGCACAAGCGAUCAUCCGCUGCCGGAUGUGAAGAUGGACUGCGUUUAUGCUGGUUCCGGUGCUGGGUCUGCGGGACCCUUCUCGUGAGAGGUACUUUCUUUGUUUCUCUUUUCAAACAGAGAAGCUAUACCCACGUCAGGUUGGGGAUGCAUUCACGGUGCACACAUUCAGCUAUGCCGUUAAGCGAGACAUACAGUUUUUAUGCUGUUUGCUGUAUUAUAAUUGGUUCUCUUUCUUAUACUAUUCGUACGAGUCUGUAACAAAUUUUAGCGGAGAUACGUUCAAUUUGACCUUUAAGCAACUGUCGAAUUACUGUGAUUUUGUUAGAGGACAAUUCAUG